CUUUCUUGUUUAACAAUGCGGAUUCUCUUCUCUGUUCUGUUUUUGGGAAUUGUGUCUGCGUCUGCAGACACGAAUCUGAAUGUUUCACUGCUGGUUAAAAGACUGCAAUGCGAACCAAAUCCACUGAAUUUGACCUCUUUGGCGAACGGCAAGAAAUACUAUUUCUCCGCUUUUGAAGUGGAUUGGUACGAAGCGAGAAGGUUCUGCGAAACCAACAAAAUGCACCUGGCAGCGCCGAAGACCGUGGAAGAACUCGCGCUUUUCUUCGAGGAAACCAGGAAGGUCACGAGCCACGCGAACUGGUGGGUGUGGGCGAUGGCGGCGUCGGACGGCGGCCGCUCGUCGGGCAAGUUCUGGUGGGGCGACGGCGAGUUGCUGGCCAAAAACAGCGUCCUCUGGUCCGGCGGAGACCCCAACUUCGUCAACAAGGCGAAAAACGUGUGCGUCCACGUCAACAACCAGGCCAACGAGAAGCUGAGGGACUACAGCUGCUCCGACACCCACCGCUUCAUCUGCCAACUGCCUCAAUACUGUUAUUAAAAUAAAUGUUUU